AGUUAAAGUAGGGAAAGAUUUUUCAGAUCUUACAUGCCAAUACGGAAUGGGGAACGGAGAAAAGGGACCUAAAUAUGAACUUUUACCUUGGGAUGAGAAACAAGAAAUUAAAGCAUAUGCAAGAUGUACUGACAGAAAUAUUACCAGAUUCCCAUUUGGGAAUAGGCAUUUUUUAAAAAUCUUUGAGUUACCAAGUUGCAUAAAUACUACUAAAAUAGGAAAAUUUAGAGAACUCAAGAGGAGGCUAAAACAGUAUUAUGAUUUUAAAAAGCAAUCAUAUUUGAAUCAGUGUAAGAUGGCUCCAGGUUGGUGGUGGCUGUGUGGAGAUGGAUAUGCACGAAAGAGCUUGCCAGAGAACUGGGAAGGACAUUGUGUAGGGGGACAAUUGAUCCCACAGUAUACAAUACAUAAUGAAAUAACUACAGGGAUUGUAAGAAGUCCCUGGAGAAGGGUAAAAAGAGUACUGAACCCACUAAUAGAGAGACCGACGGGAUUCCAUAGUUUUGUCAGAUGGCUGAUUCCUAUGAUAGGAGUGAGUGAAUUAGAAAAGGCUAUAGUGAAUAUCUCAGCCAGUAUGGAGAUUGCCCUUGCAGCAACUGAGGAUGCCAUUCGUGCAGAGCAGAAGGAAAUAGAGAGUCUGCAUAAAAUUACAGGACAGUUUAAAUACGCUCUGGAUAUUUUAUUUGCCAAAGAAGGAGGACUAUGCACAAUAGUGAAUGAUAGUUGUUGCACAUAUGUAAAUGAGGAAAAGAAGAUAGAAAUGGACUUGCAUAAAAUAUGGGAACAAAGUAAGGUAUUCCAUGAAGUGAGCAGGGAUGAUAUAUCAUACGGAUUUUCAAACCUCUGGGAGAAGUUAACCUCGUGGAUGCCCAACAUUUUUUGGCUUAAACAAUUAUUAGUAGGAAUUGUAAUGAUUAUCAUAUUAAUAGUAUUAAUAGUAGUCUUGAUUAAGGUAAUUAUGUGUAUUGGAAAGAGUGAUGUGAAAUCAUAUGAGAGGUAUAAAAAUGAUAAACUUAGGCAUGAGUUGGAAACUGGAAAUUAUUUUAAGAAAAUAUAGUAUAGGAAUAUACUAUUGGAUGGUAGAAAGGGGGGAAAUGAUUGAAGAAAAGAAGGACUUCCAUCCCCUGUAUAGACAUUCUGUGAAAUAUGGCCAUCCCCUGUCAUCUUUAGAUAGAUAAGGAAAAGCCCAACAAACAGGAACCAGGACUUCCAUCCCCUGUAUAGAUAACCUUUGACAUUCUGUGAAAUAUGGCCAUCCCCUGUCAUCUUUAGAUAGAUAACCUUUGUAUAGACAGGAGGAAACAGGGUUGCCUGUGUAAACCUCAACAUCCCUCUGUUAUUUUCACAUUGAUAUAUUUCCGAAUAAGAUAAGAAACAUGGACUAUAUA